AUGGCAUUGAAUUUGACCUUCUCUGAAGGAAUAGCCGUUGCCGCGCUCGUCCUCACUAUCCUCGCGAUCCUCUUUGUUUUACCGCGCCUUCUUGUGGCCUUUGGCUUCUUUCCGGACUCUGCCUUCGCUCGUAGAGUUUGUCCUUCUAACGAUGACAUUUUGCUCGUACUUAGAGAAAUCCGCGGGGAUGUCGAAGCGCUGCGUAGGAAUUCCGAAUUCCACCUCGGGUGGGCCGAAGUCCAGAACAACUGGGCCGAAGUCCAGAACGACUUGGCCGAAGCCCAGGCCGACGCCAUCGUCGAAAUUGGUUCAGCGGCCACUUGCCAUCGACCAAUGAAUAUAUUUUACCGGAACACGCCGUCAAACAGAGGAACGACUUUUCUCUCUGGCGAGCAUGACCUUCUCAUCAAUUAUCAACACUGUAGCUGGUACGGCUUAUUGCAUGAAACUUCUCGUCUUCUAUAUCUCAAGAGAGCCAUCCUGGACUCGAUGUUGUUUCUGGCAGAGACUUGA